GUUUUGUGGCAGAAUCAUGGCAUGACCCCAGUGCCCACUAACAAGGUAUGACACUAUCUCCUAAAGUCAAUUUGCGGGGUCGACAUGAGUCACUUACGCCCUUACAUUGAUUAUCUUGACAGUAAUAAAAAGUUCUCGUCAGUCCACUACUCAAUCUUCUGAUAGCCGACGAUCGAAGAUUAUCACACACCAACUAAAAUGACUUCUCUCACGAAAACUACAUACCAGGCCUUUGCAUCGGCAAGGGCCCAGGGCAAUCCCGCAGCUAUUAUCGUCCUGCCGAAGCCCGAUUCCAGCACGGAGAUUGCUGAUGGAGAUUUCCCAUAUGAUCUAUUCCCUCCGGCCUCAAAGCUUCAAGAGACAGCGAGAAGCAUCAAUCUUCCAAUGACGGCAUUCGCACUGCCUCUCGAUCCGGAGAAUGACCCGGCGAAAGCUCACUACGCCGUUCGGUGGUUCAAUCCCGUCAACGAAGCGCCGCUUUGUGGCCAUGCGACUCUUGCUUUAUCGCAGCACCUGUUUAGUACUCUCCCUAACGCGCCGCAGACACUGAGGUACCUCACCAGACUUCAUGGUGUUGCCUCGGCCUCGCUCAAUCAGAGUCCGUUUGAAGAUGCGAAGCUAGUUGGUAUUGAGUUUCCGGAACUGGUUGACCUUCCUUCCGUGGCAAAAGAUAGUAAGCGAUGGCGAGAAUUGAAGGGUCUCUUUGAAGCUGCAUCUGGUUCGAAGUGGGAGGGUAAUGGAGAGCCAGUCGGUGUAUUUGAGCAAGAUCAAUACUUCUUGCUUGAGUUUAGCCCCGAGCUUAACUUGAAGGCUCUGGAGUUUGAUGCCUCUAAACUGGCUUCUCUGAACGGAUUUAUCUAUAUGUUUCAAGUUUCGACAAGCCUUUCGGAACAUAUCCAUACUCGGGUGAUCAAUUGCAUCGCAGGAAACAACCAUGAAGAUGCUGCAACCGGUUCUGCUCAUCGAGCCAUCAUCCCCCAUGUCUUGUCAAACGCUGAGACUACUGCCCGACUUAAGAAGCACCAUCCAGACUUUACUGGAGAUACGCUACGAUCUUUGCAGCAGUCGAAGGAAGGUGGUGAAUUGACUGUUGAGUGGCUUCGGGAUACAAAGACUGUGAGGAUCAUGGGCAAUGCUUUGCGCACAGGCGAGGCCUGCAUUGAGAUCUGAGCAAAGCAGAGCGGAAUGAUCUACCAUUAGCUUGAGUCUAAGGUUAACCUUGAUAGAUCACUGAAGGUUGCAGAGGCUAUACAUGUCAUACGGUGUAAAUAAUAACCAAUUCUAUACAUCUAGCUACAGUCAUUCUCAAAUCGUAAUGUCAGAUGCGAGCAUUUCAGACUAAUAAAAAAACAAUUGGAG